AGACUGAAGGACCGGCUGAAGUCUGUGUUUGUUCCUUGUUUGGGAAGCGAGUGGGAGGGGAGCGGGCUAAGGGGCUAUAUAACCCUUCUGUCUUCGGCUUCCCUGAACACCACCCAGCUGGAGAAGCCCGGCCAAGCACUGUCAGGAACCGUGUAAAGCAGCUCCACCAUGUGUGAAGAAGAGGACAGCACUGCCUUGGUGUGUGACAACGGCUCUGGGCUCUGUAAGGCCGGCUUUGCUGGGGAUGAUGCUCCCAGGGCUGUUUUCCCAUCCAUCGUGGGACGUCCCAGACAUCAGGGGGUGAUGGUGGGAAUGGGACAAAAAGACAGCUACGUGGGUGAUGAGGCACAGAGCAAAAGAGGAAUCCUGACGCUGAAGUACCCCAUAGAGCACGGCAUCAUCACCAACUGGGACGACAUGGAGAAGAUCUGGCACCACUCUUUCUACAAUGAGCUUCGUGUUGCCCCAGAAGAGCAUCCGACCCUGCUCACUGAGGCACCCCUGAACCCCAAGGCCAACCGAGAGAAAAUGACCCAGAUCAUGUUUGAGACUUUCAAUGUCCCAGCCAUGUAUGUGGCUAUUCAGGCAGUGCUAUCCCUCUAUGCCUCUGGACGUACAACUGGCAUCGUGCUGGACUCUGGGGAUGGCGUCACCCACAACGUGCCCAUCUAUGAGGGCUACGCCCUGCCCCACGCCAUCAUGCGCCUGGACCUGGCUGGCCGAGACCUCACUGACUACCUCAUGAAGAUUCUGACUGAGCGUGGUUAUUCCUUCGUGACUACUGCUGAGCGGGAGAUUGUCCGGGACAUCAAGGAGAAACUCUGCUACGUAGCUCUGGAUUUUGAAAACGAGAUGGCCACUGCUGCAUCCUCCUCCUCCCUGGAGAAGAGCUAUGAGCUUCCUGACGGGCAGGUGAUCACCAUUGGCAACGAACGCUUCCGCUGCCCCGAGACCCUGUUCCAGCCGUCCUUCAUCGGGAUGGAAUCUGCUGGCAUCCAUGAAACCACCUACAACAGCAUCAUGAAGUGUGACAUUGACAUCAGGAAGGACCUCUAUGCCAACAACGUCCUCUCAGGGGGCACUACCAUGUACCCUGGCAUUGCUGACCGGAUGCAGAAGGAGAUCACGGCCCUCGCGCCAAGCACCAUGAAGAUCAAGAUCAUUGCCCCUCCGGAGCGCAAGUACUCUGUCUGGAUUGGCGGCUCCAUCCUGGCCUCCCUGUCCACCUUCCAGCAGAUGUGGAUCAGCAAGCAGGAAUACGACGAAGCCGGGCCUUCCAUUGUGCACCGCAAAUGCUUCUAAGGCACCUCCCUGCUCUCUGCCUCUAUCACACAACUGUGAAUGUUUUGUGGAAUAAUGCCUUCAAUUCCUUUCCAAAUCAUUCCUAGCCAAAUCUCUGCCUCGUUACCUAUGUGUUUUUUAAUAAAUCUGAAAUAUGCUACUGGUAA